CGACAGCUGUACACGGUUGAGGAAGAGCAAUCUGUUGUACGCAAAUUCGAUCGGAGGCUGGUUGUUUUCGUAGCGUUGCUGUAUCUGCUGAGCUUCCUGGACCGGUCGAAUAUCGGCAAUGCCCGGGUUGCCGGGAUGGACGACGACCUGCAAUCCACGCCUCUCCGUGAAGACUGGUACGAGUGGUCUCUGGCCGCCUUCUACGUUGCCUACAUCGUCUUUGAAUGGAUGUCUCUGCUGUGGCGGCUCAUCCCGGCGCACAUCUACGUUACCGCGCUGGUACUUUCAUGGGGUGUCGCAGCGUCGUUGCAAGCCGUGGCAGUCAACUACCCCAUGCUUAUCUUUCUCCGGACGCUACUGGGUGUUGGAGAGGCCGGCUUCACUGGCGUGCCCUUCUACCUCUCGUUCUUUUUCAAGAGACAUGAGUUGGCCUUCAGGACGGCCAUCUUCAUAUCAGCCGCGCCCCUGGCUACUUCUUUCGCAUCAUCGCUCGCCUGGCUCAUUCUCCAACUCGCCGAGUCUGGCCCCAUCGCCCCGUGGCGCCUCCUGUUUCUCAUCGAGGGCUUUCCCUCCAUCCUCAUCGCCGCACUAGCAUGGCGCAUCAUCCCCGACUCGCCUCAAACAGCUCCCUACCUAACACACCGCGAGAAGAAAGUCGCCCGUUUGCGCCUGCAGCCCGAGCAACCCGGCCCGCACCACAAGCCCCCCGCCACGCUCGCCGUCCUAACCGACCCAGUCGCCUGGCUCACGGCAGCCAUCCUCUUCCUCGCCAACCUCGCCUACUCCUCCCUCCCCGUCUUCCUCCCCACCAUCCUCCGCGCAAUGGGCCACACGGCCCUCUCGGCCCAAGCCCUCUCGGCCCCUCCCUAUCUCGCCUCCUUCCUCCUGGUCCUGGCGACAGCCCACCUCUCCGACAAGACCCGACUCCGCUCGCCGUUUCUCAUCGCGCACGCCCUCGCCUCGGCAGCGGGCUACGCCGUCCUGGCCCUCUCCCCGACCCCGCUACUGGGAAACCUUGCGCCCGCUAGUACGAUUCGGUAUCUCGCCGUGUACCCAGCCGCCGUCGGGUUUUUUAAUGUCGUGGUGCUGACUAUCGCGUGGAGCAUCAACAACCAGCGCGGCGCGGCGCGCAGGGGAGCUGGCUUCGCGCUCAUGCAGGUCGUCGGGCAGUGCGGGCCGCUCGUCGGCACGAGGUUGUACCCGGACCGGGAGGCGCCGUACUAUGUGAAGGGCAUGGCCGUGUGUGCUGUGGCGAUGGUUGGGGUGGCGGUGCUCGCUGGGGUGCUGGGGGUUUGGCUGGGAAGGGUGAAUAAGCGGUGGGAUACAGAAGAAGAGGGGGAG